AUGGGCGUAACGGUACGCAUUCCCACCCCGCUGCGUCGCAUGACCGGCGGUGCGGCCAAAGUUGAACUGGACGUGGCCGACCUAUCGCAGAUGAUCGACCGUUUGGAGAGCGACUAUCCCGGUUUCAAGGAGCGGUUGCUGGACGAAGACGGCGAACUGCGGUAUUUCGUGAACAUUUACGUAAACGGCGAGGAUAUCCGGUUCGACCAGGGGUUGAGGACCGGCAUCAAGUCCGGUGACGAAAUCAGCAUUGUUCCGGCUGUUGCCGGCGGACUAGCCUGA